AUGCUCGCCGCCCGCAUCGCUCCGCUCAUAAGAGGCCAACACCGCUGCUUUGCGUCGAAACCGCUCCCGGACCGCGCCGACGCCGUCAUCAUCGGCGGCGGGUCCGUCGGCGCGUCCUGCGCCUACCACCUCGCGGCGCAGGGCUUCCGGACCGUGCUCCUGGAGCAGAACGCGCUGACGGCGGGCACGACGUGGCACACGGCGGGCAUGCUCUGGCGGCUGCGGCCGAACUACGUCGACGUCGAGCUGCAGGACGUCACGCGGACGCGGUGCAAGGCGCUCGAGGUCGCCGUCGCGGAGCUCGAGGGCGAGCCCGCGGGGGCGCGCGCCGGCAGCAUCUGGACGGAGAACGGCGGCCUCUUCAUCGCGACGAACGCGGAGCGCGUCGCCGAGUACGAGCGGCUCGUCGAGCUCGGGACCUUUUACGGGAUCGACGCGCGCAUGCUCGACGGGGGCGAGGCGCGGCGCGCGCACCCGCUGCUGAGGGUCGACGACGUCGCCGGCGCGCUCUACUCGCCGGGCGACGGCACCAUCGACGCCUUCAACGUCGUCGACGGCUACCGGCGCGUCGCGACGGCGAGGCACGGCGCGGUCUUCUCCGAAGGCGCGCGCGUCGCGCGCGUCGCGUGCGACGGCGACGCGGUCGCCGGCGUCGUGCUCGACGACGGCCGGCGCGUCGACGCGCCCGUCGUCGUGAACUGCGGCGGCGCCUGGGCGCCCGCGGUGCAGAACCUCGUCGACCGGCCGUCGGACCCGCUGCCGUUAUUGGCCAUGAAGCACGCGUACGUCGUCACGGAGGCGGUGCCGGGCAUGCACGGCGGCCUGCCGAACGUGCGGGACCACGACCUGUCCAUCUAUUUCAAGGCGCAGGGCGACGCCCUCGCGUUGGGCGGCUACGAGACGAACCCGGAGUUCUGGCGCAUGUCGGCGGACGACGAGAAGCACUUCUCGUUCGGUCUGUUCGACCUCGACUGGGAGACGUUCGACGAGAACAUCCAGAACCACAUGCGCCGCUGCCCGAGCGUCGAGGACGCGGGGAUCAAGUCGACGGUCUGCGGGCCCGAGUCGUUCACGCCGGACCACAAGCCGCUCGUCGGCCCCGCGCCGGGCUGUGCGCCGGGCGGGCCCCGGGGCCUCUGGCUCUGCUGCGGCUUCAACUCCAUGGGCAUCAUGCUCGCCGGCGGCAUGGGCGAGGAGCUGGCCCACUGGGUCGCGACGGGCGCGGCGACGCGCGACCUCUUCGGGGCCGACGCGCGCCGGUUCCACGGCGACUGCUCCUCGGACGGCGCCUGGGUGAAGCGGAGCACGCACGAGUCCUACGCGAAGACCUAUGCGGUCGUCUUCCCCCACGACGAGCACCUCGCGGGCCGGGGCCUCCGGCCGUCGCCCUUCGAGCAGGGCCUGUUGGCCGCGGGCUGCGUCUUCCAGUCGCGCCACGGCAUGGAGCGGCCCGGGUGGUUCGAGCCCGACGCCAAGCCCGGCGCGCCGCGGGCCUACGACUACUACGGCGCCUACGACGACGAAGGCUCGGCCUGGCGUCUGGACUGGGUCGGCGGCGGGCCCGAGGCGGACGGCCGGGUACCGAGCCGCGCGGACGACGCGUACCGCGACGCCGUCGACGGCGAGCUCACGUUCGGCUGGGGCGCGUCGUUCCCGCGCGUCGCCGCGGAGUGCCGCGCGGCGCGCGAGGGCGCGGCGCUCUUCGACCAGUCCUACUUUGGCAAGUUCCUGCUCGAGGGGCCCGGCGCGGCGGCCGCGGCCAAGUUUAUGAGCGCGGGCGACCCGGACAAGGCCGCCGGCGACGUCACCUACACGGUGCUCUGCGACGCCAACGGCGGCGUCGAGGCGGACCUGACCAUGACCAAGCUGUCGGACACCGCCUUCUACGUCGUCUCGGGCGGCGCGACGCAGACGAAGGAUUUGGCGUGGAUCGAGGCGCGCGCGGCGGCCUUCGACGUCCGCGUCGACGACGUCUCCGACGACUUUGGCGUCCUCUCGGUCCAGGGCCCGCGGUCCCGCCAAGUGCUGGCGCCUUUGGUCGGCGGGCUUUUGGACGACCUGGCGACGUUCCCCUUUUCGACGGCGAAAACGGACGCGACGAUCGCCGGCGUCGCGGGCUGCAAGCUCCUGCGCCUCACGUUCGUCGGCGAGCUCGGCUUCGAGCUCCACGUGCCCCGGGCGGGCUGCGACGCCGUGUACGCCGCCGUGAAGCGCCGCGGGUCGGAGGUCGCGGCGGCGUCGGGCGCGCCCGUUUUAGACGCCGGGUACCGCGCGAUGGACAGCCUCUCGGCGGACAAGGGCUACCGCCACUGGCACGCGGACCUGAGCAACGCGGAGACGCCCUUCGAGGCGGGCAUCGGCUUCACGGUCGCGCGGCGCCUCAAGUCGGACGGCGACUUUCUGGGGCGUCCCGCGCUCGAGGCCGCGAAGCGGCGCGGCGCCUUCGCCCGCAAGCGCAUCGUCUGCCUGAGCGUCGACGCCGACGACGCGGCGCCGCCCUACGACGCCGCGCCGCCGGCGGACGCGCCGCUCCACGGGUCCGAGACCAUCUGGCGCGGCGACGAGUGCGUCGGUUUAGUGAGGUCCGUCGCCUACAGCCACGCGCUCCGCCGCACGCUCGCCUACGGCUACGUCCACGCGGCCGCGUCCCGGGAGCUCGGCGGCGGCGCCGUGAGCCUGGACUUCCUCAAGGCGGGCGCCUGGUCCGUCGGCGACCGCGGGCGCCGACGGCCGGCGACGUUCCACGCGAAGGCGCCCUACGACCCGACGAACGCGGCGAUCAAAACCGCGGCGUAUUAA